AUGGAAGCUCUUAUACCAGUUAUUAAUAAAUUGCAAGACGUCUUCAACACUGUUGGAGCUGAUGCCAUCCAAUUACCUCAGAUUGUCGUCUUGGGAACUCAGAGCUCUGGAAAAAGUUCAGUUAUCGAAAGUCUCGUUGGACGUUCUUUCCUACCACGGGGUCCAGGAAUUGUGACUCGACGACCGCUUAUUCUUCAAUUAGUUUACAGCCCUAAAGAUAGCAAAGAACACCGGUCUGCUGAAGAAGGUACAGUAAAUUUAGAAGAAUGGGGCAAGUUUCUGCAUACAAAAGAAAAGAUUUACACAGAUUUCGACCAGAUACGGGAUGAGAUUGACAGGGAAACAGAUAGGAUGGCUGGAAACAAUAAAGGCAUUUGUCCCGAACCAAUAAAUUUAAAGAUUUACUCAACCAAAGUUGUAAAUCUUACACUUGUAGAUCUUCCUGGUAUUACCAAGGUGCCGAUAGGUGAUCAACCGGAGGAUAUUGAAAAUCAAAUAAGAAACCUCAUUUUUAAACACAUUGCCAAUCCAAACUCUAUAAUAUUGGCUGUGACAGCUGCUAACACAGAUAUGGCCACUAGUGAGGCUAUCAAAAUGGCUAAAGAUGUGGACCCUGAUGGCAGAAGAACUCUAGCUGUUGUUACCAAACUUGACCUGAUGGAUGCAGGAACUGAUGCGAUAGAUAUAUUGUGUGGACGCGUGAUUCCAGUUAAACUUGGAAUCAUUGGUGUCGUCAACCGAUCGCAGCAAGACAUUAUCGAUAAGAAAACUAUUACGGAUGCGCUAAAAGACGAAGCGACGUACCUUCAAAGAAAAUAUCCGACGAUCGCAACUCGGAAUGGUACUCCACACUUGGCCAAGACACUCAACAGACUACUUAUGCACCAUAUAAGAGACUGCUUACCAGAACUUAAGGUUCGCGUAAAUGUAAUGAUAUCCCAAUUCCAAUCCCUCCUUAACUCGUACGGCGAGGAUGUGUCAGACAAAUCGCAAACAUUGCUACAGAUUAUAACAAAGUUCGCCAGCGCCUACUGUUCGACGAUAGAGGGCACUGCACGCAAUAUUGAAACUACCGAGCUCUGUGGUGGAGCGAGGAUAUGUUAUAUUUUCCAUGAGACCUUUGGCCGUACUCUGGAUUCCAUACAUCCUUUAGUUGGUUUAACUCGUAUGGACAUAUUAACUGCUAUACGCAAUGCAACUGGACCUCGGCCUGCUUUAUUUGUACCGGAGGUGUCAUUUGAGUUGCUUGUUAAAAGGCAGAUAAGAAGACUGGAAGAUCCCUCGCAGAGAUGUGUAGAACUUGUCCACGAAGAAAUGCAGCGUAUAGUACAACAUUGUGGCACUGAAGUUCAGCAGGAGCUGUUGAGGUUCCCGCGGCUGCAUCAGCGCAUAGUUGACGUCGUUACCCAGUUGCUGAGGACACGGCUGCCUGCCACCAAUGCUAUGGUGGAAAACCUAGUGGCUAUCGAACUGGCGUACAUAAACACGAAGCAUCCGGAUUUCCACCGCGAGGCGGCUCUGGUGUCAGGUUUACUGAAAAGUACGGACGGGUUUGAAGAAUUUCGCUCCAAACCCAAUCGACCAGCUCCAUCACCGGUACAUAAUAUGAUUAAAUUAUUCCUUCGCCAAUUGCUCCGGCAAAUGGGUGAAAGGGGGUCCACUUUGGCGUUUCUAGCUAAUGUUUGGGAUGUUCAGCAAGUUCCCGCCAUUACUGACGGACAUGACAGAUUGCCCUCACAGAAUAGUGAAUCGCCACAGACUCCACAGAUGAAUGGCAGUCCCGAAAAUAGGUCAAUGACUCCGCAAAAGCCUGUGAAUCUUCUACCCGAAGUGCCGAGUCACACAUCGAGAAAGCUCUCGGAUAGAGAACAACACGACUGUGAUGUUAUUGGUGGACGGAGCGAGAUAUCCCCUCAAAAUCAAAUGACAGUAGACGGCAUCAGUAUGAUGCAUUUGAACCAUAUGGGUGAUUUAGUCGAACGACUGAUAAAGUCGUAUUUCUACAUCGUUCGGAAGUCGAUUCAGGACUCUGUGCCCAAAGCGGUGAUGCAUUUCUUGGUUAACUACGUGAAGGAUAAUCUACAGUCGGAGUUGGUGACUCACCUUUAUAAGUCAGACCAGGCUGAGAGCCUCCUCAAUGAGUCGGAACAUAUCGCUCAGAGGAGGAAGGAGGCUGCCGACAUGCUUAAGGCUCUACAACGCGCUGGUCAAAUUAUCAGCGAGAUUCGCGAAACGCACAUGUGGUAA